AUGAUCAUUGAAGCAUGUCUUGAUGAAACGACUAGAAAUAGUAGAUUAAAUAUUGAUCAAAAUAUCGCAAGAAAUUAAUUCCCAUACGAAUUAGAAACAUAUGAUACCGUUUACAUGUUUCAAUAUUCUAUUUAUUUUUAUGUAUCUAUAAUAGUCAGAUAUACUUUGAAAUUACUUAUGUCCCUAGGUUAGAGUCAAUAUGAGUUAUAGCCUAAAAAGGAGAAAAUUUUAUUCAAGCAGACAAUUGUUAAGAAAGGUACAAGCCAAUAUUAGGAUAAUUUGAAGGUUAACAAAUAUUUAUUUAAGGAAAAUAUUACUGCACUUCAUGAGGGUAAAAAGUUUUACAGAUUACCAACUAGAAUCAUAGAUAGUUUAUAGCUGUAAAGACUUGAAGACAGAAGUCUUAAGGUUUAGUUAUAAGCAUAAUUCUAUACAUUCGGGAAUGUGGCUUCAAUAAAAUAAGCUCCAAAGCUUUUAUAGAAAAGGUUGACAGUUUACUAUAUCCUGAUUUUAUCUAAUGCGCUUUCAUUAGUGUUAUCUAGUCUCUGA